AUGUCUUCCGGUGAGUACCGUGUGUAUGGCCUUCAUGGCGAAGUUCUUGGUGAUGACUGUAGCAGUGGCGGCAGUGAUCCUCGUAGUGUGCAUCGGGAUGUUCAACCGGACCCCCCAGCAGAAGUUCCUGUAACCCGUCUUUCCGGGUCCAUCGCGGGCAGUGGCCUCAGCAGUGAUGCGAGCCGAGAGCGCCGAGACCGAGAGACCUCUUGGCGUCCUCACUCGCGGGGUGACCACGACUCAUGGGGAGAUAGUGAGUGGGGUGGUCAAUGGGCAAGUCACUCUGACACGUCUUGGAGGCGAUGGCAGCGGAGCUGGUGCGAGCAAGAUGAUGGCCGCGGGGGGCGCGACCGACAUCACCAUGCACGACCUGAACGACACCGUGAAUCACGCGAUUCCCCUGAGGAUCGAGAAGCUCCCAAGGCUGAUGGUCGAGAUCGAGUCCCCAGGCGACAUGACCCUGAUCUUCGGCAAGGAGCUGGCAAGAAAUGGGCCGAAGAUGGAUCGACCACCUCGGCCGAAGACGAACCCUUCGAUCCAUGGCUGGAGGCAAAACGUCGACAGACUCCGACGGACAAACCUCCUCCCCAACGUGAUCCAUGGGAAGGCUACUGCCGAAAGACCGGUGCUCGAGAUACAGUAUGGGAAGGCUGGCAACACUUCGACUACGCCGACGAGGACGGCCGUGAGACAGGGCGCUCCCACAUGGGCCCUGGAGGGGGCAAUCGCCCCACCGAGAGGUUGACUGUCCCGACCUUCAAUGGAGAGGACACUGGAGAUGAUGUGGGCACCACGGCAAGGUCUUAUCUCCGACAAGUGGAGGCGUGGCGUCGGAUGACCCGACUGCCUUCGGCUCAGCAGGGGCUGGUCCUUUACCAAAAUUUGACUGGAAAGGCGUGGGUCGCAGCAGAAGAGCUGAGCGUGGACAAGUUGUCCACCGACACCGGGGUCCAGUACCUGGUCAAGUGGAUCAGCGGCCGCUACCUCGACCUCGAGAUCACCAGGAUUGGCAAGGCCUUCUCCGAGUUCUUUCGACGACUUCGGCGGCUCCGCGAGGUCGGCUGUUCCCUUCCAGAAGAUUGCGCUGCUUGGCUCUACGUGGACCGUCUCCAGCUUGAGGAGAGUGCGGAGCUUAACCUUUUGGCCAGCGUCGGCAACUCAUACUCGCUGCACAAGUUGCAGAAAGCAGCGGUGAUCCAAGACCGUGGCCUUCGCAAACCCUGGGAAGGUUCCGGAGGACGUGGCAAGAAGACCCACACCGCACACUUCACUGGACAUGACGAGGGCGAUACCUCCGGCA